UUAAGCAACAAAACUAAAACUUAUUUAGGUUUAGGCAACAAAAAAAAAAUUUCAGAAUAAAAUAUUUCAAAAUAUUUUCAGCAUUAUUAUUUGCACUUUUUUAUAUAUAUUUACUUGUAAUUGAGCUGUGAGUGGGACUACAAACAGACCACUGAGUGGGAGGGUGUAGGGGCCGGAUUGGAACUGGGCCUAGGUCUUUGGACCACCCCUGAGGCUUCCUAUUGGUCUGGCAGUGAGAGAGGUGUCGUAUGUCCCAGGCAGCAGUGAACGCAACGAAGCACAACUUCUACUACGGGAGAAAAGUGAGACUUUUAAUCAGUGAACCGGUGAGUUAAAGCCUGUUUGUUGCCACAGCUGGUUUAGUUUCAUGCAUUAUGCAGAAGGAAGGUUCCGGAGUAGUUUUCCUCCUCUCCUGACCGGAUUAGUGGAGUUUGUGGGACCAAAAACAAACCAUGUCUCGGUGCGAACAGAAAGGAAAGUUGGAGCAGCCGACGUUAGACUCUGAGCACGAACAAAACGGAGUCCCGGUGAACCGGAGAGCGGUUUGUAACGCGUGCAAACGGUUGUACCGGGACCCUAAAAUCCUCCCGUGCCUGCACACCUUCUGCUCGGACUGCAUCGGCCAGCUGGAGCCCUUCUCCGUGCGAAGCCGCGUCGCUCCAAAGAACAUCCCGAGCGAAGCGGCAGAGGGGGAAGAGGAGCGAACCUGCGUCACGGUGCUCUGCCCAGACUGCGACUCCGAGGUGGACCUCCCUCCGUCUGGACCUGGAGGGCUCAGCACCGACCACCUGGCGCUGGACGAGGUGUUCCUGGAGACCCUGGAGACGAACGGUCCGCUGGGAUGCGACCUGUGCGGCGAAGGAGGCGCCGAGAGCCGCUGCGACGUCUGCUGCGUCAACCUGUGCGCGUUCUGCUGCCAGGCGCACAGGCGUCAGAAGCGAACAGCGUCUCACUCCGUCCAGUGUCUGGAGGAGCUGAAGUCUCGCGGUCGUCUGUCCCGUCCCGUCCUCUGCCCCCUCCACCCCGGCCAGGAGCUCCGUCUCUUCUGUCAGCCCUGCGACCUGCCCGUCUGCCUGGAGUGCGCCGCCACGCUGCACCGCGACCACCGCUGCCGCCCCACCCGCGACGUCAUCGACCGCCACGGAGACCGCAUCCGAGAACUGGUCGCGGCGCGCCUGCGACCUCGCAUGGAGCGUCUGAAGGACUCGCUGCAGAAGGUGGAAGUUUCCCAGGAUGCUUUGCAGGCCCGGGUGGAUGCAACAGCCAAUGAGGUGAGGGUGUUUGCGCGAGCCUACGCCAGCGUUGUGGAAGCCCACUGCCUGUCUCUGCUGCACCGCCUGGAGGAGCUCCGGGUCCAACGCAGGAACCAGCUCCACCUGCAGAGGGCGCAGCUGCAGCAGGCUCUGUUGGACGUCGGCGGCGGCGUGGAGUUCGCGGAGCGGCUGCUGAGCUGCGGCUCAGACGCCGAGAUCCUCAGCGCCAAAGGAGUGACCCUGAGAAGACUGACCAGCCUGGCGGAGAGCAGCUACGACCCUGACCCGGCAACCGUCACCCCCGACGACGGCAGCGGCAUCGGCUUCGUGGCCGGGGAGCCGGCGGGGGAGGUGGAGGGCUACCCGCUGGUCGGGGUGAUCACCUCGAAGACGGUGGACCUCAGCAAGUGCACCAUCGAAGGGGAAGGUCUACAGAGGGGCACGGCGGGUGAGCAGGGCCACUUCACCCUGGUGUGUCGAGACUCGUCCGGGGAGCAGGUGGAGCGAGGUGGAGAUCACGUCCUGGUCAGCAUCGUUCACCAGGAGAAGAAGAACUGCACGGUGGAGACGACAGUGGCCGACAACAGCGACGGAUCCUACAGAGUUUCAUACACACCCGAAGAGCCGGGAGCCUACUCCGUGUGGGUUUGUGUCAAAGCUCAACAUGUCAAGGGUUCUCCGUUUCCUCUGAACGUGAAGAGGAAGUUGAGGCGUCACGGUGGGACGUUUCACUGCUGCUCUUUCUGCUCCAGUGGAGGAGCCAAAGAGGCUCGCUGUGGCUGCACAGGAACCAUGCCAGGAGGAUUUAAAGGCUGCGGUCACGGUCAUAAAGGACACCCGGGGAAGCCCCACUGGUCUUGUUGCGGCAGCACCUCGGAGCAGUCCGAGUGUUUGCCUCAGAGCGUGUUGGCUGCGGUUUCGCCCCGCGGACACCUGCGGACCGUGGAGCUCUGAGGUGACGCGGAGUACACGAGAGACCUGUCCAGAUGAUGCAAGUUAAUAGAGGAUGGUGGCAACCGAAAGGUUAGAGCAGCGGGGGGAGCACACUUUAAGAUUGUUGGUGUGAAUCUUAAAAAGGUCAGACGAGGAAAGUGAAGCUCCGAAGACACGGCGACUGGGGCAGGACAUCAAAAGUCUCCGUGUCCUGAGAGCGAUCACCUCUGCCAGACGGCGGUGUAGCUGUGAAACAGCAGCCAGCACAACAUUAGAGACAAAGUGUGAGCUAAAGGCUCUGAAUAUAAAAUGCCUUUUGUGUCUAAACUCUGCCUCCUAUGACAAGAUAGAAGAGAAGGAAGAUGAAAUGCUCCAAUCACAGCAGCAUGUACGGAAGCCCCGAGAGGCAAAGUGAGGACAAAACUAAUUCUGGUGAUCCAUUUUCUGAUCUAGAUUAUUUGGUAAUGAUUGUUAUAUAGAAACAUUAACAUCAGGUACUUACUUUUUUUACUAUUUACUGCACCUAAUAUGAUAUUAUUUCAUGAUACAUUUGAUUAGAAAAUAAAUAACAAUCAAUACUUAGUAAAUAUAACGUAAUGAUUAUACUAAAUUGAUGAGUAUAAUAUGGUGCCACACACUGUUUACAAAUGAAUUCCCCUGCUCUCUGAAUCAAGACACUGUGCCAGUAAAUAAUAUGAAUCAUAAAUGUAAACCAUAACAUUUGGCUUUUGCUCCGUGCACGUGAAGACUUUACAUAUCAGUCUGGAGUGCUAAUUACCGUUUUUAAUGAGGAGAAAGUCCAUCAAAUGUGCACAGAAUUGUGUUUUUUUUACUUCAGUUUCAUCAGCAACCCAACUGGACCGUGCCUUCUGGUGAGGAGGGAAAACACUGUGACCUAGAAGGUGCAGCAGUCAGCCUCCUCUUUGAAUACAAAGCUGUUCCUCUCCAGAGGCUGCGUCACAGCGCAGCGACAGGGAACUCACGAUGAGCCAAUUAAUGCCUUUGUGUAUUUUCUGUAUUCUGAAUAUGACUUUUCUUGAGUGUGAGUGCAAAUACAUGUGUUUUUUACUGCUGAUGAAAAGUAAAAUAGACUUAUACAAAUACUUGAGGGUACAUGGGGACUAAUCUUUUUGAUUUGUGGUCCAAGAUCCAAGAAUUGACACGUUGCUGCUGUUCAUGCAGAUUAAAGGAAUAGUGUGUAACAUUUUGGGGGAUCUAUUAGCAGAAAUGGAAUAUAAUAUUCAUAACUAUGUUUACAUUAGUAUUUAAUCACCUGAAACUAAGAAUCGUUGUGUUUUUGUUAGCUUAGAAUGAGUCCUACAUAAGGGUACCGCCAACCGCUGUCUGACUUAUGUUGCUCUUAAAGUAGUGUUAUUAUGGUAAGGAUAAUUUCUGAGCGAGGUGAACGGCGUUACCACGGUUUUGCACUCGGCGGGUCACCUUAACGCAGUCUUGGAAAGGGAGGAGUGAGCGGAGGGGUACUCAGUUGGUAGCAAUCUGCAACCAUACCACUAGAUGCCAUCAAAUCCUACACACUGUCCCUUUAAUCUAAGUAGUGCUUUAUCCAUUUUCACUGAAACAUUUAAGCCUGUACAAUCAAAAUAAACACACUUAUUCUUCCACA